CGGAUCAUACCUGGAAUACUGCCGCAUGUCAUUUUGAAAGGAAGAGGACUAAAGCAACAGCUGCUGUGACUGCAGUAGAAAUACACUCAGUUAAAUCACUGUCAGCUCCACUUCCACUUCUAAUUGCAGUUCCAGUUGGAGAUGCAGAUGGAGAAGAAAGACACCGUGUUGGAGUAGCUGGUUUAUUGCCUUUAGUUUGUGCUUCGCGUCAGUCCGACUCCGGUGGUAAUUAUGUUCCACCAGCUGAAGGAUCCAGCUGUGAAUGGCAGCUGCCUCGAACCCUCGUCAGCCUGCAAUACGAGCGCUGAUGGUUACGCACUCCAGCUGCCCACUUUCACCACCGCGGCCAAAGUCAGAGUAAUCAUCACUUUCACUUUGUGCGCAGUGUCAGCUGUGUGCAACUUGGUCGUGCUGUGGGCUUCCUUUAACGGAGGCAAGCGCAAGUCGCACGUCAGGAUCCUGAUAAUGCACCUGACGGUGGCGGACCUGCUGGUGACUUUCAUCGUGAUGCCUGUGGACGCGGUGUGGAACAUCACUGUGCAGUGGCAGGCGGGAGAUUUCCUCUGCAGGCUGCUGAUGUUCAUGAAACUGGUGGCGAUGUACUCCUGCGCCUUUGUAACUGUUGUCAUUAGCUUGGAUAGACAGUCUGCCAUUCUCAAUCCUUUGGGCAUCAGUGAGGCGAAAAGGAAAAGCAAAAUCAUGUUGACUGUGGCCUGGACGAUGAGUGUAAUCCUCUCACUCCCUCAGAUGUUUAUUUUUCACCAAGUGACCAUCACAGUCCCGGAGAAUUUCACCCAGUGCACCACCCACGGCAGCUUUGUCCAGCACUGGCAGGAGACCCUCUACAACAUUUUCAACUUUGUGUGCCUCUUCCUCCUGCCUCUGGUCAUCAUGAUCUUCUGUUACACACGAAUCCUCAUCGAGAUAUCCAGCCGCAUGGCCCAAAAUAACUUGCUGUCUAGAGAUAUUCAUCUCCGCCGCUCCCACAACAACAUCCCCAAGGCUCGGAUGAGGACUCUUAAGAUGAGCAUCGUCAUCGUGACUUCAUUCAUCGUCUGCUGGACCCCGUAUUACAUGUUAGGCCUGUGGUAUUGGUUAUUUCCUGAUAAAAUGGAGGAAAUGGUUUCUCAUUCAAUGACGCAUAUGCUGUUUAUCUUUGGUCUCUUCAACGCCUGUCUGGACCCAAUCACGUAUGGUCUCUUCACCAUUCAUCUUCACAAGGGUCUUAAAAGAUGUUGUCCAACUUUCAUCAAACGGACUGAAUUGGAAAACAACACUUGCCUUGUACAAAUGAAUCGCCUGUCGUCUCACAGGCAGAUGGUCUCUAGUAGUCACAAUACAGACACUGAAGGAAACCACAGCAUGAAAAGGCCAAUCAUCCCAGUAAGCAAGAUCUAAUGGCUUGACGAAUUGCAAUGAAAGGAAUGAAAGGAAUGAAAGGAAUAUUCCAGCACUGAGUUUAGUCUUUCUCCAGAUACAGCCAGUUUUAUGAUGUUGCUUAGAAAAUAUGAAGCUCCUUUCGCAGACAAAUCUGUUUGUUUCCGUUGCAAUGAUGUAAUCGAUUGAGUAUUAUUGCUUUGCCUUGGUUUUCUCCUGCAUCACUGAUCAGAUUUGACAAAAAGCUGCAGAGUGGUGCAUGAAGUCUUUUCCCCCUGUAAUUGGCUGAGGGUCACCCUGUACAUCACACAGAAUAUCUCACACACUGCUGAUCCAAUAUUCCUAUGAAGCUUAAGGGCUUGUGGGAAAAUAAUCAGGCCCAAAUGAUGACAAAUCUGCUUGAAGUUCCUAUAAAUGGAUUUAAAAUGUCUUUCACAGAUAUUUUCUAGCAUCUUUCGGAUAAAAGUCCGUAAAAGGACUUUGAUACACAGUUUGAAAGGCAGUCACACUCGUGGACACACACACAUUUGGGCUUUACUAAGUGGAUCUCAAAAUAUCCUGUAAGAAACAGCAGAAACAAAUAUGUGUGCAUUUGAUUUAAGAUGAUCAAAAAUAUAAUAUGCUGUCUGUUGUGUGGCUUCUCUUUUAUGUUUACAUGUUAUGUGUCAAAAUGUGUACAUUGUUGUUUUAUUGGGAGUGUUUGCCCUACAGUAAACUGCUGCUGUUCAUUGCUUAUUGGAAACUGCUCUAAUGUAAUUUGUAAUGUUGUGUUUGCGAUAUAAAAGACUGUGAUUUUCUUUCAUUACAAACCUUAUGACAUGAACAUUAUCGACCACAAAGGCCUUUUAAAUAAAUGUUUAGGCAUACAAUUCCAUGUAUUGAAUGCACCUGAGCUGCAUGUUGUUGAUUGACUGUGUAAAUUGUCUAAGAUCAUUUGCUGUGUUGCACAAAUCACACUGGAGUCAAAACGUUAUGAAAUACUCGGAAAUGACCCAUAAUGCCAUUUGUUAUACUUUAUAUUUCUAUUUGUGUUGGUAGUGUAUUAUGUUGUGGAUUGUAUUGCUUUGUGAGACCAAAAAAACUGCUUAAUUGAAAACAUUGGUAUUGUAAGGUUAGCAGUAAACAAUAGUUUUUCUAAUAUGUAGGUGCAAAAAAGAGAGAUCAAUAGGCUAGCAUUUGUUUGUUUGCAUGAUAUCGUUUAUUUCUUGCAAUGUAUGGAAGAUGUUGUGAUGUAUACUUGCAAUUUGUGGAAUACAAAAAAACUGCCUCUAUUCCAUGCAUUGGGUGAAGCACAAACAAUGAGCUGCCUUUUACUGAGAACGGCUGCAUUUAUAAUUACCUGGAAUAUCUAUAUCAGAGGAGACUAUUUGCAAUGGCUAGAAGCAAUUGGCAUUUCUUGGUAUCUCAAUACACAAACCUAAAGUCAAGACCACAGACAUUACUGAUAUAGAUCCACUGAAUAACUUUCUUUUUCCUAUACAAUUAUAUUAUGUUACUUACCCUUUGCCAUUUAGGCAUUAUGGCCACAUACCAACACGAUUGUUGAGUGGCUCUAGUAGACAAAUGGACAUGAUCUGUAACAUUUGUUUUUCUUUAUUUUUUGAAUAUUGUUGUGCGUAGACGGCUCUGCUAAGAUUGUUCCCUAGUUUAGGUU